GGCUCGCGCUCGAUGUCGGCUCCAGCUCGAGGCGGCGGUGGCGCUCGGACCAAAGACACAAAGUCACACUGAAGCGACACCGGUAGCCUUCUUCAGGACGGACUUAUCUGGCUUUAGACCAUUUUGCAGUGGAAUAUCGGAAUCUGUCAAAUCUGGGUUUGGAACCAUGAGCUCGGUUGCUGUGCUUACGCCGGAGAGCUUUGCUGAGCACCGCAGCGGCUUAGGAGACCAGGAGACCAGAGGUGGAGUACCUGAGGAUGAAGCUUACAUCCCCACUUACCUGGAGGCUUUCCCCCCUCUCCCUGAGAAGGGAACACCGGGGGACAAGUCUGGUGAGCCCAUUGGAGCAUGGAGCAAAAUCCGACCAAUCAAAUCCUCAGUAAUCACCCAGGUGUUUCACGUCCCUCUGGAGGAGCGCAGGUACAAGGACAACAGUCAGUUUGGCGAAGGUGAGGAGGCGAAGGUGUGCUUGGAUAUCAUGCAGAAGACGGGAGCCCAUAUCGAGCUCUCUCUGGCCAAAGAUCAAGGCCUCUCCAUUAUGGUGACCGGCAAACUCGACUCUGUCAUGAAAGCAAGGAAGGAAAUCGUGGCUCGGCUUCAGACCCAGGCUUCAGCUACUGUCACCAUCCCAAAAGAACACCAUCGGUUUGUCAUUGGCAAGAAUGGAGAGAAGCUGCAGGAACUAGAAUUGAAGACGGCGACAAAAAUCAACAUACCCCGCCCCGAUGACCCCAGUAACCAGAUUAAAAUUACAGGGACGAAGGAAGGCAUUGAGAAGUCUCGACAUGAGAUUCUGCUCAUUUCUGCAGAGCAGGACAAGCGGGCUGUAGAGAGGAUAAACCUGGAGAAGGUCUUCCAUCCGUUCAUUGCUGGGGCUUACAACAAAGUGGUCCAGGAAAUCAUGCAGGAGACUGGAGCUCGCAUCAACAUCCCGCCUCCCAGCAUCAACAAGGAUGAGAUCUUCAUCACCGGUGAGAAAGAGCCUGUGGCGCAGGCGGGUACCCGAAUCAGGAAGAUCUACGAAGAUAAGAAACGGAAAACCACAACAAUAUCGGUCGAGGUGAAGAAAUCUCAGCACAAGUACAUCAUAGGCCCGAAAGGUAACACUCUGCAGGAAAUACUGGACAUGACCGGGGUAUCCGUGGAAAUGCCGUCACUGGAGAGUAGUUCUGAAACCAUCAUUCUCCGAGGCGAGCCUGACAAACUUGGCCCAGCUCUGACUCAGGUCUACGCUAAGGCCAAGAGUGUGAUGGUGGCUGAAGUAACCGCGCCGGCUUGGUUACAUCGCUUUAUCAUUGGCAAGAAGGGACAAAACAUUGGCCGUAUAACCCAGCAACUGCCCAAGGUUCACAUUGAGUUCACUGAUGGUGAUGACAAGAUCACAUUGGAGGGUCCAACAGAGGAAGUGGAGAUUGCUCAAACCCAGAUCCAAGACAUCAUCAAUGAUCUGCUGACACGCAUGGAUUACACAGAGAUCACGGUCGAGCAGAAAUACCACCGUCAUCUAAUAGGAAAAAAUGGAGCGAAUAUUAAUCGGAUCAAGGAACAGUACAAAGUGUCAGUGCGCAUCCCGCCGGAUAAUGAGAAGAGCCAUCUGAUUCGGAUCGAAGGAGAGCCACAGGGUGUGCAACUGGCCAAGAAGGAACUACUGGAGAUGGCGAUCAGGAUGGAGAAUGAACGGACCAAGGACUUGAUCAUUGAGCAACGUUUACACCGAUCCAUCAUUGGCCAGAAGGGAGAGAAGAUCAAAGAAGUUCGUGACAAAUUCCCUGAGGUGAUCAUCAACUUCCCGGAUCCUGUGCAGAAAAGUGACAUUGUUCAGCUGCGUGGCCCCAAGAACGAGGUGGAGAAGUGUGGAAAGUUCCUGCAGAAAGUCAUUGCUGACUUGAUUGAGAACAGCUACUCAGUCUCCAUCCCCAUCUUCAAGCAGUUCCACAAGAACAUAAUCGGCAAAGGAGGAGCCAACAUCAAAAAGAUCCGUGAAGAAACAAACACCAAGAUCGACCUCCCAACAGAAAACAGCAACUCAGAAGUGAUCCUCAUCACAGGGAAGAAAGCGAAUUGUGAGGCCGCCCGGGAUCGAAUCCUGGCCAUUCAGCGUGAGCUGGCGAAUAUCAAGGAGGUGGAUGUUUUGAUCCCUGCCAAACUGCACAACUCUCUGAUUGGUGCUAAGGGGCGUUUGGUCCGGUCACUCAUGGAGGAAUGUGGAGGGGUGCACAUCCAUUUCCCUUCUGAAGGCUCAGGCAGUGACAAAGUGACCAUCAGGGGCCCUGUCGAGGAAGUGGAGAAAGCAAGGAAACAACUGCUUCAGCUGGCUGAGGAGAAGCAAAUUAACAACUGUACUGUAGAGCUACACGCCAAACCGGAAUACCACAAGUUUCUCAUUGGAAGGGGUGGCGGCAACAUCCGCAGGGUGAGGGACCGCACGGGAGCCCGCAUCAUCUUCCCAGCAGCAGACGAUAGGGACCAGGAGCUAAUCACCAUUGUCGGGAAAGAAGAGGCAAUAAAGCAGGCGCAUAAAGAAUUGGAGAUUCUUAUUAAGAACCUGGACAAUGUGAUUGAAGACUUGAUGAUCGUGGACCCCAAAUAUCACCGGCACUUUGUGGCGCGCAGGGGGCAGGUGCUACGUGAGAUUGCGGAGGAGUACGGCGGUGUGACGGUCAGCUUCCCCCGCACAGGGGUCCAGAGUGACCGAGUGGUGCUAAAAGGGGCAAAGGACUGCGUGGAGGCAGCUAAACGACGAAUCCAGGAGAUCAUCGGAGACCUGGAAGCCCAGGUAACCCUGGAGUGCGUGAUCCCACAGCGUUUUCAUCGAGCGGUCAUGGGACUAAAGGGCUCCAAGGUGCAGCAGAUCACCAGGGACUAUGACGUGCAGAUCAAAUUUCCUGAGCGGGAUGAGAGUCAAGGUCUGGAUCUGCACCCUCAGGAAAAUGGGGACAUGAACUCUGACCUCAGGGAAUCGGAGCACACUCCCAGGAAGUGCGAUGUCAUCAUCAUCUCGGGCCGGAAGGAGAAGUGUGAGGCGGCUCGUGAGGCACUGCUGGCCCUUGUUCCGGUUACUGUCGAUGUGGAGGUUCCGUUUGAUCUGCAUCGGUACAUCAUCGGGCAGAAAGGCAGCGGCAUUCGCAAAAUGAUGGAGGAGUACGAGGUGAACAUCGCGGUCCCCCCCCCGGAGCAGCAGUCCGAUGUUAUCAAAAUCACUGGCUUGGCGGUGAACCUGGAGCGGGCGCGAGCCGGGAUCCUGGAGCGGGUCAGGGAGCUGCAGGCGGAGCAAGAGGACAGGGCUUUACGAGGCUUCAAGUUGAUCAUGUCAGUCGAUCCCAAGUACCAUCCAAAGAUUAUCGGAAGGAAAGGAGCUGUCAUUUCGCAGAUUCGGAAAGACCAUGAUGUUAAUAUUCAGUUCCCUGACAAGGGGGAUGAAAAUCAGGAUAUGAUCUCCAUCACGGGCUACGAGAGGAACACUGAAUCUGCCAAGGAUGCCAUCAUGAAGAUUGUCGCCGACCUGGAGGAGAUGGUCAGCGAGGACAUCAAUCUGGACCACAGGGUUCAUGCCCGCAUCAUUGGGGGCCGGGGAAAGGCCGUCCGCAAGAUCAUGGAGGAGUUCAAGGUGAAGCCGCCACACUCAGUGCACUCUGAGGGGUUGUCUAACUCUAGAUUGCUGGUGGCUGAAACCUCGCGUCUGACAGGCCCCUGCUUUUAG